AUGACAUCGCGGCGUGUUUCCAAAGCAGUCAAACUCCAGCUCCCAGACGACGAUGAAGACGAAUAUGAUGGUCGUCGAAUUAGUUCAUGCAAUAUUAUAGAGGCAGAAGAAGGGAAGAAGUUACUUAUAAAGCCUGAUCCGUAUCUACCUGAGGACUAUCAAUGCCGCGCUAGCGUGCUACAACACGCUGAAAACUUUUGCGAUGCCAUGCUCACACGAGUAAAUAUUCACAAUAACUACAGCGAGUUUAUUGCAAUGCAAGCGCUCGAGUUCGACAAGCGAUUUUAUGUCUGGACUCCAUAA